AUUGUUUGCAUCACCGCUAACGACAGCAGCGCCCACAGCAGGGUUCCUCUUCCUCUCUCCUCUUCCUCGCCCAGCGACGCCUCAUCAUGGUGGACCUGUUUGUUGACCGGGUUCUUGUGAAGAACAACAAGGACCAGGACGAGCUGGACACGGAGCGCGAGAUCGUCACGCGUCUGCAGAACCGCCUCCUGAUGCUCUUCUUUGCCUCUGCUGAGUCCGAGACGUGCCAGCGGUUCGCUCCCACGCUGCACGACUUCUUCAAGCAGCUGACCGAUGAGUUCUACGUGGAGCGCUCCGCCCAGCUGGUGCUGCUCUACAUCAGUCUGGAUCAGUCAGAGGAGGAGCUAGAAAACUUCCUGAAAGAGCUGCCGAAGAAGUCCCUGUUCCUUGCAUACGAGGAUCCGUACAGAAGGGAGCUGGAGACCAUGUUCGACGUGAGAGAGGUUCCCACCGUGGUGGUCCUGCGUCCCGACUGCUCCGUCCUCAUCCCCAACGCGGUGGAGGAGAUAACCCGCAUGGGUCCGGACUGCUACCGCAACUGGCACGAGGCGGCUGAGCUCAUCGACAGAAACUUCCUCAACAAGGAGGACUUUGAGGACAAGUCCAUGCGCAGCUUCAGCGACCCCGUCAGACGACUCAAGUACAAGGUGGAGGAGGAGGAGAAGAAGAAGAAGGAGAAGAAGAAGAAGAAGAAGAAGCAGCGCCGAGGCUGGGGUGCAGGAGGCGACGAGGGCGAGGAAGCCGGAGUUGGCAGAGCAGAUGAUAAGGACGGUGGAGGGUCGAUGUGGUGAUGGAGAGAACGAUGCUGUCAAUUUGUCCCAAAGUUGCUGUUUUGUUAGAGUUUGCUGUAUGGCAAAUUUCAUAAUAAAUAUGUUGAUUAUGGCAUUUUUAAAA